GCUCCAAGAGGGGGAUGGAAGGAAGAAGAGGGAGGAGUUAGUCUCAUGUCAACGCAGGCAUAUUAUGUCCGGCUGUUAGAAAACUCACAGAUUUCCUUCUAGCAGCGAGAGGAGGUGAGAAGAGGACAGGGAGCGCUGCCUGCCCACACAUGAUGUGGCUUACUCUUCUUUACAGUUGUACUGGUGGAGCAGCUCUUCUGUAUGCUCUGUACAGAUGGGUGAUCCCAGCUGCCGUGCAGUAUCAUGGAGGAUUGGCGCUCAUUUGGCAUGAUGUCAUUGUGGAGCGGAUGCUGGACACACUGACCCAGUCCACGCGUCCUCAGCGGCUCCUGAGUGCAGUACAGAAGAACGCCACUAGAGGAGACCCUCGCAGCGUGGUCAAAGCCAUCGAUCAGUUCUGCAGAAACAAAGAGUGGGCCAUGAACGUGGGGGAUGAGAAAGGGUGCAUUCUUGACUCAGUGGUGUCUGAAGUAAACCCAGCCACUGUGUUGGAGCUGGGAACCUACUGUGGCUACUCCACAGUGCGGAUCGCCAGCCUGCUUCCCCCCCACGCCAAGCUCAUCACUCUUGAAUUUAACCCAGACUUUGCUGCAAUUGCUCGUCAAGUCAUUGCUUGGGCAGGACUAGAGGAAAAGGUGCAGUUAGUUGAAGGAGCAUCUGGUGACUGGAUCCCCAAAAUGAAGGAGCAGUUUGGGGUGAAAACAUUGGAUUUGGUUUUCCUGGAUCACUGGAAGGAUCGAUACCUUCCUGACACAAAACUGAUGGAGGAGUGCGGCCUCCUCCGGAAAGGCAGCGUCCUGCUGGCAGACAACGUCAUCUGCCCCGGAACUCCAGACUACCUGGAAUAUGUCCGCAGCAGCCCACGAUAUGAAAGCCAGUACUUCAAAUCUCACCUGGAGUACACCAAAGUGGAGGAUGGCUUGGAGAAGUCUGUCUUUUUAGGGUAGUUUCUAAGAAAAGUGUCAUGUUUUACACAGGUACUAGUAAACCAGACCUCUGUCUCACUGAGCAGACUCAAAAUCAUUUAAAUCUGUUUUUCUAAUAAUACACCAUAGAGUGCGUUAACUUGAAAUUAAAAGAGAUUUGUGAUUAAAGAAAAAG